CAGCUGUCCAAGGAGGCCCCGCCCUCUACCCGUGACCUCACAGAGCUUUCCGGUACCGAUCCCUGCUUCUGCCUCACAGAGGGGAACAAGCGGUACCCCGGGCCCGCAGCAUAAACGUAUCUUUCCGCCCUGCUUCUCUCCUUCGCCUUUGUAACUCACGCGAAAUGGUUCGCAAGUUAAAGUAUCACGAGCAGAAGCUGCUGAAAAAGGUAGACUUUAUUAACUGGGAGGUGGAUAAUAACAUCCAUGAAGUCAAAGUGCUGCGAAAAUACCAUUUGGAUAAGCGAGAAGACUAUACUAAGUACAACAAACUCAGUAGAAAUAUCCGAGAACUUGCCCAAAAAAUUAGAGACCUGGAUGAAAAAGAUAAAUUUCGUGUCCAAAGUACUGCAAAGCUCCUAGAGAAACUAUAUUGCAUGGGGCUGAUACCCACUAAACAGAAUCUUCAGCUUUGCCAAAAUGUCUCUGCGUCUUCAUUUUGCAGGAGAAGACUUCCCACCAUCGUGGUCAAACUGAGAAUGGCACAAAACCUGAAGACAGCCAUCACGUUUAUAGAGCAAGGUCAUAUCCGUGUGGGGCCUGAGGUGAUAACCGACCCAGCUUUCCUGGUUACAAGAAAUAUGGAGGAUUUUGUGACCUGGGUGGAUUCCUCCAAGAUUAAGAAGCAUGUGAUGGAAUACAAUGAAGAGAGAGAUGAUUUUGACCUUGGUGUCUAGAACCUUCCAUCAUCCUGUCCCCUGAGGCAUCGCUGUACGUGGCUACAAGAACAACUGAUACUUGGUGUUCCCAAUGCAAGCAGCCAACCAAAAGACUGACAAAUGUAAAUUUUAUAGUAUGGACUCCAAUCCCCAAUCUGUUUCUCAGUGUGGCCUGCCAACGCCUCUGGUGGGAAAUGGGUACAUGAAACUGGGUGUACUGGUCAUGUACUUAAUGGAGGGUAAAAUGACCUUGUCUUAUAGGUCCUGUGGACAAGGCAUUAACAAAACAUACUGUGCUUCAGCCAUUCAUACAGCCUUUGUGCUGCCUUCUGGGAGUCAAAACAGGCUCAAACAGCCCCCCACCAGCCCACUAAAUAGUGACUGUCUAUGGUGCCUUACAGCAGCCCCCCAGAAUCCACAGAUUGCCAGUCUGGGCCUGACUCCUGCUGAUACUCACCAUGGGAAAGGGAGGUUGCACCAGCCAUGUGUGUACCACUUUUAUAAAACUGGUUUUGUUUGUACUUCCUGUUUAGCAGACAGCUUGUUCAUUUCCAUUAAACUCUUUUUAGAUAAAACUGAACUUUCAAAUUUGCUACCAAAUUAGCCUGGAUUGUGAAUGUGUAGGCUUCUUUCUAAAUAAAAUCUGAUUUAACCA